AAUGGAUCUAAGUUUUUAUCAGAAAAUUCAGAAAAGAUUGGAAAGCAAACUAGAUUUCAAUAACAAAAAUGAUGACAUAAGAAAUUUGUUGCUUGAAUGCAUUUAAAUAUAGAAUGUACUUUUAGUAUAAAAUAGAAGAAUGUGUUGGGCUACAAAAUCAUGAAUCAGCUUUUUCAAGCAAUCCAAAAAUCAGGGCAGAAAAUUAAGCUUUCAGAUUAGGAUUAAAUUUAAAUACUUAAAUCCUGCAGAUCCUUAGCAAUCCUGGGUUUCCUUUACAACUAGGAUUAAAUCAAGCUAUAAACUAAAGAGAAGGAAUUCAGAGAAAAUAUCAGAUAUCAGAUUGAUGAACUUCAAUCGCAUAGCAACUUAGAAAAGGCUUUCUUAUUUGAUGAAGCUAUGAAUUGCAAAACAAAAGAAGAGUUUAUAGAAAUUAGCACAAUAAUUAAACUAAUAGUGAAUGUCCUAAUAUAUUUUGGAUCUGAUUCGUUUCAUUUCACUUAAAUAUUUGAUGUCAUCAUCAACGCCUUGUUACUUACAGGGAAUAACACAACCAUUGGAAAAGAUCAUCAAUUACUAUAAAUAUUGGAUUAAUUGCAAAAGUUGCUUGAAGAGACAACAUCACCUUAUUUGUGGACCAUAGUAUUGGAGUCUAUUUUGAAUGCAUCUACACACUCAGAUAAACCCACAGAUUUUGUGCAACCUAAUCUGAUAGCAAGAAUCAUAUUGUUUAAAGUAUAUAAGUUAAUAAAAUAAGAUUCCUUUUAUUAAUGACCUCUUUAAUUAUUUUGGUAACUACUUGGGGAGAUCCUAUAAAUUUGAAUAUAAGAUGUUCCAAUCUAUGCUAAGUUUUGGGGUAACAGAAUAAACACUUGAAUUGAUAUUACGAUUCAGCAAAUUUUUUGUUAAAGAUUUCCAAACAGAUUUAUUAAUAGAAAUGAGAAAAAAUCUUAUACCAAAGCUAAUAAAGUACAUGAAAGCAAUCAAUUAUUUUGACUAAAUAUAGUAGUUAUUUAAUUACUUCUUAAUUUCAUCUUAGUAAUAGUUAACUGAUCAAUAACUAGAUUUAUAGUAUUUCAAUGAAAUAUUAACAAAUUAUGAUGAAAAUUUUGAUAUUUACAAUGAAAAACAACUACACAGAAUUGCCAACUUUCUUAUAUUAAUACCUCAAAAUAUCGAUAAAACAACCUUAAAAAAUUAUGGAAAAUUGGAAACAAAAUUAAGAACAAAACAUAUGUUUAAUCAGCAAAUAUCAAGAUUUAUGAUUGAGAAAAGUGAGUAAAUUUAAUAUUGGUUUAAUGAAAAUUAGCCAGCUGAAAAAAACCAGCCUAUCUAGAAACUAGUUGGUUUGAGAAAUCUAUUAAAUAGUAUGAAUUUGCAAAUAUUUACUUAGCCUGCUAUUUGAACAGCUUCAUCUAAGCACUCUUUUGGAGUUUAGAUUUUCGAGAUCUCAUUAUGAAUAAGUUCAAAAGAGAAGAUGUUGAAUUUUUAAAACCCUUCAGCUUAAAAACAAGUUUCCUAAGAGUAAUUAAUUCUAAAAUAUCCUCUAGUGUUUCUUAUUCAUGGAUUCAAUGACCGAGGAAAUUGAUUACACCCCAUUAUUAUUAAAAAGAGCCUUGAGAGAACCCUAUAAAACAGACAUUAGACAACAGGAUGCUGCUGAAUUUGGAGUUCAUUUAUUCGAAGAUAUGGAGAACAAUUUUGAUCCAUCAGAAUAUGUAAAAAUCGAUUCAAUUUGUUUAUAGUAAUAGAUAAAGGAGAUAUUUUAUGGUAUGUCGAAAUCGGUAUUUCAAUGCAAGAAUUGUGAGAAGCAAACCAAAGGACCUAAUGAAGAAUUUAUUUACAUCACAUUGAACUUUGAAAACGAUAGAAGUGUGUAAGAGGAUAUAGAAAAGAUGAUCUGGAGGCAUUAAGUGAAUGAACAGAUUACAUUUAAAUGUGAUUAAUGCAAAAAUACUAGUUAGAGUACGAGGACUCUAGAAUUUUCAUAACUGCCUAAGAAUUUAAUCAUUUUAAUUAAUAGAUUUGAAUUUGAGUAAGGAAAUCGAUAUAAGAUAAACGAUUCAAUCAACAUUAAACCUAUUAUAUAAAUAAAAGAGAAUCAAAAGUCCUUAAAUUUUGAAUUGUAUUCGAUUAUUAUCCAUUUUGGAGAAACACCAGAUAUGGGCCAUUACACUGUUUAUUGUAAGGUGAAAGAAGAUUGGUAUAGAUUUGAUGAUAGUAUCGUAAGUAAAAUUGAUAGAGAUUUUACUAAAGUUCAAAGGAAUUUCAAGUAAAAUAUAAUAUAAUAUCAAUUAGGAAAGAAGAAACUCCGUAUUUGUUAUUCUAUAGAAGAAAAAAUGGAUGA